GGCCGGGCGGGCGCCGGCGUUACGUAGACACUCGCCACGCGAUCAUUUUGCAGCGAACUCGGCUCGGGUUGCACGCCCGCCUUGCGCCUUACAACCACCUUAUUCCUUGCAAUAACCUCGUUUAGUGACGUAAAUCUUUGUUAUAUAUAACAUAUAGUGCCUGUUAUCGAGGACGUGUCGACGCAGCGUUAAAAUCUAACUAUUCAGCAUAACCUUGCUCGUUGCAUUUAUUAUUCAGUGACUGCGCUAAACAAUUGUCAGGAUGGCGCUCUUUACAGAGAAUCAUGAGGAUUAUUCAGGGCCCUGACAAUGGCAACGUAACCGCUGCAAACAGAAACGGGGUCGCAUCGCAUAGGAACGCGGACAAUAGGAGCUGGCUCCUCUCGAACAAUACUCGCCCCCAAAAUACAACCCGUACCACUCACGACGAUCAUAAUAAAAAUUGCAACAACGUUUUCCAACUAGACAGCACAGAGAUCAAAGAUACAAAUCUACAAGCCGAAGAUCGUACGUGUGACGUCACCAUUGAAAGCGGAGUAUGUAAUAGACAGUACAGAAUCAAUAAACAAAAAAUAUUCUCGAACUCAUGUCAGAGAACCAUUACGGACAAACUGGAACAAGAUAAUAAUGUGAUUUAUAACGAAAGCUCUCCAGAUACAACACCACUCGACGAAGAAAAAACAUUUGAAAAUUCUGAUACAGAUGAAAUGUCUGAAAACAUUGUACAUCCUGUACCGAGGGGCAUCGUGAAUCCGAACUAUCCCGGCUUCCAGCACUUAGCGCAUACUUUGCAGGAUUAUUCAACGAACAUUGAAACAUUUUAUCAAUCGGAAAAUGAAAUGACAGAUGACGAUCUGGACACCGAAAUUAUAGAUGCAACUUGUCAGUUAAAAACAACUGACGCCGAAAUUAACUUAAAUAAUAAUUUAACUAAUUAUAAAUCAAAAGAAGUUAAUCAACUGAGUGAUUUGCAAUCCAAAACUAGCAGUUCAGAUGAUGCACAAAAUGAUAUACCAGAUCUAUUGAAAACUGUAUCUAAUAAUAAUAACACUAUAGAAUCUUUUAACUAUGAUUGUUCAGCUACAGAUAUAGAAAAUAAUUUUCAUACAAAAGAUAUAAUUGGAGAUUUCAACAAGGAGAUCGAGGAUGAAAUAAAACACCUUUUGAAUUACAAUAUCAAUAUACAGGAUGAUCUUGAAGAGUUGAGAAAAGACAUUAAAGAUACCUUUGCAAAACCGAUAGAAAAUACAAUAAAUAAUAUCAGUGAUGUUAUGAAUCAUGUCAUAAAGAAAUUGGUAGAAACACAAAGUGACGGCGGGGAGAAUACUGAAACUGAUCUAACGCCUACUACAUAUAACAAAGAGAGAGAGGCGGAGGAAUUGAACAACGUAAAUAAAGAUAAUGAAAAAAACAGAAGAACCGAAAUGAAUCUAAGCAGGCCUACUUUUUUGUUAAUAGAAAAUCAUUCAAAUAACAAAAUACAAGAUGCCAUACUAUCAGACGGUAAAGAUGAAAUUAAUAUUUACGAACAUGAAUAUGAUACAGAAGCGUUAAGUCACAAUGUAGAGAAUACUAUAAAACAAUUAAGUACGGAAUUGAGAAAAAUUAUACCUAAACUAAAUGAAAUGCGUGAGCGUGACCGACUAUGGAAUGAGAACAUAAAAGAAACUGCUUCUGUAAUGAUGGAUAAAAAUUCUAAUGAAAUAAGCAAUCUAUCUUCUUCUUUGGCUGUAAAGUGCAAUGGUGUAAAUUACACUGAGAAAGUAAAACAGAACAAAUAUCAAUAUAGCACCUCAAGUAAAUGUAGAAAAAACUCAACUAUAUUGCCAAAUGCGAAAAAGGCAUGUAGCGACCGAUAUUCAUCUCAGGCCACUGCAAUAAAAUCGCCUACUACCCAAAAUACCGCAUCCGUCCGUACACUCGACAAUGCAAAGGAAUAUGAUUUAGAUAGUUUUGAUGUUUACAACAUUGAGACGGCCUUACCUAAAAUAGACUUGGAUGCCAUCGAAAGUCAUUUAAAAGCCGCAAAAGAAGCAGAAAGGCGGAAACGCAAUGACAGGGAAGAGAUUAGAAAACGACUGGCAAUGGAUGCCGACAGUGAAGAAUAUUAUAGUUUAGGACACACAGACAGACCCGGCAAGAAACCCAGUUUACAUUCACGUCUCCAGAAUGGAAAGAAUCUACAAAUAUGUUUUAUGAAUGAGACUGCAUCAGAUAAUGAAUCCCAAGCAUCUGAUAUAGAGAAAAAUCUAAAAAGUUCUAGUAAAACUUUACCUCAUACAAGUAUUUUUGGGAUUAGUCAAAACCAUCCUUAUCAAACUAGACCACUUUCUGUCAAUAUUACCAAAAAUGACAGCGCCCCACUGUGUGGUCCUAAACUGCGUCAAUCGCCAUUUACGUUAAAGACAACAAAAUCUCGUUCAACUCAGUCGUUAAAUCACAUUGACAUCAAGGAGACUGAUUUCUACGCUCUGCAAGCGAGGCUGCAGACUGAGGCCAGGAUUGCAUUGGCCCAAGCUAAAGAAAUGGCUCAUAUACAAAUGGAGAGGGAGCGUCAUAGCCGCGCCGUAUCACCGGUGACAGAGAUGCUGCGCCGUAGUAUGGAGAAGGCGAACGCGCCGCUUGCUCCCGACCGCCGCCGCGUCUCUCGUCAGCUGCUCACUGACAUGAACAUUGCUCAGUUACAGGUGAUAGUAAACGAGUUACACUCUCAGAUUGAAUCUCUGAAUGACUCUUUAGUGAAGCUGUUGAUGGCAAGAGACGAGCUGCACAUGGGACAGGACUCUAUGCUCGUUGAUAUUGAAGACCUCACCAGAUAUCUGGGUGUCAAAGAACAGACCAAAAAGACGAAGGGCACCGCUAAAUCUGGUGUGAGACGACUUACAUCUUUAGUUAACAAAUAAGGUUCUACCACAAUUAACACCUACAUGAUAUUGAUUUUACAAUCGAGCCUUAUACGUCCCAUCGGACCAAUGAUGUAACCUGCUCGUGACAAAUUAAAUACAAACAUUUUAAUAUAUAAACAACACAACUACUUUGCAACUAUAAUAUAUGUUUCCAAUACUAUAUCUGUCAAUCAAAUCAUAGCAUACAAAUAUUUGGAUGUGGUUAAAGUAUAUGUUGUGUUGUGUAGUCGGCUCUAGCUUAAUUAAGGAAGGUCUAGAUUUUUGUAUAUGUCAAUAUCUUUUCUUAACGCCUCUUGCUAACGAACUUCUUACUACUUAUAUGCAUUUUUGUAGUAGUUUUGGAGUUAAAACAGAGAUAUGUCAGACACACUAAAAUUAGUUCAACAUCUUUAAAGUAAUGUCUUCUCUUAAUUUUUCUAGGAUCGACUCUUCAUAUUCAGGCCAUAAUUUUCUAACAUAAUGUAUACGAACUUUCACAGCAUCUAUUA